AGGUUAUGUGGGUAUGUAAUUUGUGCCGAAAACAACAAGAAAUCCUCACUAAGUCAGGAGCCUGGUUUUAUAAUAGUGGAUCUAAUACACCACAGCAACCUGAUCAAAAGGGUCUUCGAGGACUGCGAAAUGAGGAGGCACCCCAGGAGAAGAAAGCAAAACUACAUGAACAGGCUCAGUUCCAAGGACCCUCAGGUGACUUAACUGUACCUGCAGUGGAGAAAAGUCGAUCUCAUGGGCUCACAAGACAGGAUUCUAUUAAAAAUGGGUCAGGAUUGAAGCACCAAAUUGCCAGUGACAUAGCUUCAGACAGGAAAAGAAGUCCCUCAGUGUCCAGAGAUCAGAAUAGAAGUUACGACCAAAGGGAAGAAAGAGAGGAAUAUUCACAGUAUGCUACUUCGGAUAGCGCCAUGCCCAGAUCUCCAUCAGAUUAUGCUGACAGGCGAUCUCAACGUGAACCUCAGUUUUAUGAAGAGUCAGAUCAUAUAAAUUAUAGGGACUCCAGCAGGAGAAGUUAUAGGCAUUCCAAAGAAUAUAUUGAAGAUGAUGAGGAUGUGGAGCUCAGAGAUGAGUAUGAAAGACAAAGGAGAGAAGAGGAAUACCAGGCUCGCUAUAGAAGUGAUCCAAAUUUGGCCCGUUAUCCAGUAAAGCCACAGCCCUACGAAGAACAAAUGCGUAUUCAUGCUGAAGUGUCCCGAGCAAGGCACGAGAGAAGGCAUAGUGAUGUUUCUUUGGCAAAUGCCGAACUGGAAGAUUCCAGGAUUUCUAUAUUAAGGAUGGAAAGGCCAUCAAGGCAAAGAUCUAUAUCUGAACGUAGAGCUGCCAUGGAAAAUCAGAGAUCGUAUUCAAUGGAACGAACUCAGGGACCAAGUUCUUAUCCACAAAGGACCACAAACCAUAGUCCUCCCACCCCGCGGAGGAGUCCAAUACCCAUUGAUAGAGCAGACAUGAGACGCACUGACUCACUAAGGAAACAACACCACUUAGAUCCUAGUUCUGCCGUAAGGAAAACAAAACGGGAAAAAAUGGAAACGAUGCUAAGGAAUGAUUCUUUAAGCUCAGACCAGUCAGAGUCGGUGAGACCUCCACCCCCGAGGCCUCAUAAAUCAAAGAAAGGAGGCAAAAUGCGCCAGGUUUCAUUGAGCAGCUCAGAGGAGGAAUUAGCUUCCACACCUGAAUAUACAAGCUGUGAUGAUGUUGAGAUUGAAAGUGAGAGUGUAAGUGAAAAAGGGGACAGUCAAAAGGGAAAAAGAAAAACUAGUGAGCAGGCAGUUUUGUCGGACUCUAACACCAGGUCUGAGAGACAAAAGAAAAUGAUGUACUUUGGUGGCCACUCUUUGGAAGAGGAUUUGGAAUGGUCUGAGCCUCAGAUUAAGGACUCUGGGGUAGAUACCUGUAGUAGCACAACCCUUAACGAGGAGCAUAGCCAUAGUGAUAAGCAUCCUGUGACAUGGCAGCCAUCCAAAGAUGGAGAUCGUUUAAUUGGUCGUAUUUUAUUAAAUAAACGUUUAAAAGAUGGAAGUGUACCUCGAGAUUCAGGAGCAAUGCUUGGCUUGAAGGUUGUAGGAGGAAAGAUGACUGAAUCAGGUCGGCUCUGUGCAUUUAUUACCAAAGUUAAAAAGGGAAGUUUAGCUGAUACUGUAGGACAUCUUAGACCAGGUGAUGAGGUGUUAGAAUGGAAUGGAAGGCUAUUGCAAGGAGCCACAUUUGAGGAAGUAUAUAACAUCAUUCUGGAAUCUAAACCUGAACCACAAGUGGAGCUUGUUGUUUCAAGACCUAUCGGAGAUAUACCUAGAAUACCUGAUAGCACACAUGCACAAUUGGAGUCCAGUUCUAGCUCAUUUGAAUCUCAAAAAAUGGAUCGUCCUUCUAUUUCUGUUACCUCUCCCAUGAGUCCUGGCAUGUUGAGGGAUGUUCCACAGUUCUUAUCUGGACAACUUUCAAGCCAAAGCCUUAGUAGAAGAACAACGCCUUUUGUUCCUAGGGUUCAGAUAAAACUAUGGUUUGACAAGGUUGGUCACCAAUUAAUAGUUACAAUUUUGGGAGCAAAGGAUCUCCCUUCCAGGGAAGAUGGGAGGCCAAGAAAUCCUUAUGUUAAAAUUUACUUUCUUCCAGAUAGAAGUGAUAAAAAUAAGAGAAGAACUAAAACAGUAAAGAAAACAUUGGAACCCAAGUGGAACCAAACAUUCAUUUACUCUCCAGUGCACCGAAGGGAAUUUCGGGAACGAAUGUUGGAGAUUACACUUUGGGAUCAAGCUAGAGUUCGAGAGGAAGAAAGUGAAUUCUUAGGAGAGAUUUUAAUUGAAUUAGAAACAGCAUUACUAGAUGAUGAGCCACAUUGGUACAAACUUCAGACCCAUGAUGUCUCUUCAUUGCCUCUUCCCCACCCUUCUCCUUAUAUGCCACGGCGGCAGCUCCACGGAGAGAGUCCAACACGGAGGUUGCAAAGGUCAAAGAGAAUAAGUGAUAGUGAAGUCUCUGACUAUGACUGUGAUGAUGGAAUUGGUGUAGUAUCAGAUUAUCGACAUAAUGGUCGAGAUCUUCAAAGUUCAACAUUAUCAGUGCCAGAACAAGUAAUGUCAUCAAAUCAUUGUUCACCAUCAGGGUCUCCUCACCGAGUGGAUGUAAUAGGAAGGACUAGAUCAUGGUCACCCAGUGUCCCUCCUCCACAAAGCCGGAAUGUGGAACAGGGACUUCGGGGGACACGCUCCUCUACUGGACAUUAUAAUACAAUUAGCCGAAUGGAUAGACAUCGUGUCGUGGAUGACCAUUAUUCUCCAGACAGAGACAGGGAUUGUGAAGCAGCAGAUAGACAGCCAUAUCACAGAUCCAGAUCAACAGAACAGCGGCCUCUUCUAGAGCGGACCACCACCCGCUCCAGAUCCACUGAACGUCCUGACACAAACCUCAUGAGGUCGAUGCCUUCAUUAAUGACUGGAAGAUCUGCCCCUCCUUCACCUGCCUUAUCGAGGUCACAUCCUCGCACUGGGUCUGUCCAGACAAGCCCAUCAAGUACUCCAGUGGCAGGACGAAGGGGUCGGCAACUUCCACAACUUCCGCCAAAGGGGACGUUGGAGAGAAAAGUUACAUGGGAAGACCAGCAGAAAAAAGUGAAUGGUACAAUAAGUGAUGACAAACCAUUGCCGAAAAAGAAACACCAAUCUGAGCCAGGUGCUAUGGAUAUAGAGGAGAGAAAUCGCCAAAUGAAAAUUAACAAAUACAAACAGGUAGCCGGAUCAGAUCCCAGACUGGAACAAGAUUACCAUUCAAAGUAUCGAUCAGGAUGGGAUCCUCAUAGAGGGGCAGAUAAUAUUUCCACUAAAUCUUCGGACAGUGAUGUAAGUGAUAUAUCUGCGGUUUCAAGGACUAGUAGUGCUUCUCGUUUCAGCAGCACAAGCUACAUGUCUGUCCAAUCAGAACGGCCAAGAGGAAACAAGAAAAUAAGACCAAAGGGAGUAGAAGAGGGUGGGACAGAUGGGGAUAAGCAUGAAGAGAUAGUGCACGAGGAGGAAGAGGCAAAGGAAGAAAGAAUUGGGAAUGGGAAAGGGAAAGAGAUUAUAAAAACAUCUAAUAAGGAGAAAACCAAAGAAUCAGGAGGUGAGGAAAAAGCACAAGAUGUACCUGAGCAAGGCAAUAAAGAGGAUUUACAAAGGCGAUUCUCACAUGAUGAUGACAGUGUCUUUACAUCCAAAAUGCAAAGCAGACAAAUGGGCAUCUCAGGGAAGAACAUGACCAAAAGCACCAGCAUCAGCGGGGACAUGUGCUCGCUGGAGAAGACCGAUGGCAGCCAGUCCGACACUGCGGUGGGCACGUUGGGCACCAGCGGCAAAAAGCGGCACUCUAGCAUUGGGGCCAAAAUGGUAGCUAUUGUUGGUCUCUCCCGGAAAAGUCGCAGCGCCUCUCAGCUCAGCCAAACGGAAGCAGGAGGUAAAAAGCUGCGGAGCACUGUCCAGAGAAGUACGGAAACAGGCCUGGCUGUGGAAAUGAGAAACUGGAUGACUCGACAGGCAAGCCGCGAAUCUACCGAUGGCAGCAUGAACAGCUACAGCUCAGAGGGAAACCUAAUUUUUCCUGGUGUCCGCUUGGCCUCUGAUAGCCAAUUCAGCGAUUUCCUGGAUGGCCUUGGCCCUGCCCAGCUAGUUGGGCGCCAGACUCUGGCUACACCGGCAAUGGGUGACAUUCAAGUAGGAAUGAUGGACAAAAAGGGACAGUUGGAGGUGGAAAUCAUUCGGGCCCGAGGCCUUGUUGUAAAACCAGGUUCCAAGACACUGCCAGCACCAUAUGUAAAGGUGUACCUACUAGAUAACGGAGUCUGCAUAGCCAAAAAGAAAACAAAAGUGGCAAGAAAAACGCUGGAACCUCUUUACCAGCAGCUAUUAUCCUUUGAAGAGAGUCCCCAAGGAAAAGUUUUACAGAUCAUCGUCUGGGGAGAUUAUGGCCGCAUGGAUCACAAAUCCUUCAUGGGCGUGGCCCAGAUACUGUUAGAUGAACUGGAGCUCUCCAAUAUGGUGAUUGGAUGGUUCAAACUUUUCCCCCCUUCCUCCCUAGUAGAUCCAACGUUGGCCCCUCUUACAAGAAGAGCUUCCCAAUCAUCUCUGGAAAGUUCCACCGGACCUUCUUACUCUCGUUCAUAGCAGCUGUAAAACUGUUGUCAUAGCAACCAGCGUUACAAAAAAAAAAAAAAAAAAAAACCACAGGUCGCAAACCCUGGUAACACUGCAUGCUUAAUGUUGUGUCUUCUGGGCCUGUUUCUAGGGAUAUAAAGCGAUCCUGUGUUCUCAGAGGAAGUUGCACACAUUGUGCCCUACAGAAGGCCCUCAGGUGAAAGAGAAGAGCUAUGAAGAACUAUCAGGUGUGGAGUUCAGUAACACUCAAGUUUUGGUCUAAUCUGAAGCCAUGGAUUAAUCUCAAAGAAUCAGUCAGUUUCAUGCAACAAAAGCCCUUUUCAAUGGCACCUUUAUAUUUUUAUCGUUCCUUUUUUCUUCAUUUCUCUGAUCCCAAAGCCCUGUUAUGCCACAGAAAUGGAGCUAUACCGCCAUUAAGCCAUGUUACAAGUCAAGGAGUGAAGUUCUGGGAAGCAUCAGGUCAAAAGCAAGAGACCAAAGAAGUGGUCUGGGACAAAACGUCAGCCCUCCUCUGGAUGAUGACCGGGAGUAACCAGCCCGAGUGACCAGUGCCAGCUUCGGAGCUCCAGCAGGCAUGUCGCUCACUAGUGCCAGGAAGUGUUGGACUCUGAAAGACACAAUUCUGUGGCUAUACUGUACUGAAUGAAAUUAAAGAAACCUUUUUUGCAUGGACACAGAUUAGCUGAAUACUUAAAUUAUUUUCUUGGGGCUGCAACUUGCAAAAAAAAAAAGAAUAAAAAUCAGCCAUUUUCAACAAUUUAUAUUAUUUUUAAAAAUUAAAUUUCACUAGUGCAUGGUUUUAAAAAGGGGAGAGAAUGCAACAGGGUGAUACAAAGACACACCAUGUUUAUUCUUUAAACUAACCAUAGUCUGUGUUUUGGCAGACAUUACAGAGGAAAAUACUUUCUAGAAGAUACUUAAAAUUCUCUUUAUGUGACAAAUAAGUAUAAUAUAUUCCAUUUAUUUCCAUGUUAAAUAUACAAAACUGAUGAAGUUCAGUAUGUGCAAAUUGUUCACGUCUUUCUUCUUCGAUAUCUCACUUUUUGUGUUCUCCCUCUUUUAAUCUUUUAUUUUCUUUCUCCCUACCAGAGUGAACAUUAUACUAAAAAAUAACAAAUUUAUACCCUAUAUUUGAUUCAGAGCUGUGGAAGCUUCUGAAUUUAUGAAUUUCUCAAGGGAAAAAAAAUCUAAGAGCUUUCUUUAUUUCAAGCAUGUUGAAAAGGAUUUUGCAACAUGACUUGGGAGUACAUUAAAGUCAGUCAGCAUGUGUUUGAUAAAGAAGAUAUUUGAACUUUUGCAAUUUAUUGUACAGUGCAUGGUAAUUUUAGUUUCACCUUCAAAUUUCAGUUUUACAGGAAAAUCCUAAAAUCAUGUGGCCAUUGUAAUGUCCAAUAAAUUUGUUUUUAGCACCAGCAUUAUUCAUACAGAGGUCAAAGUAUUAUUUCUAGAAGGUUUUAGGUUCUGUUUUUUAAUCAAUUAAAGCAGUUUCUUUAGCCAGUUUCCAUUUACUAUGUGACUAGAAAACAAUGGUAAAAUUUUGAAGCUCUGAAACACAGGGCUGUUUAUUAAUUCAUUUUUCUGUAGUAAAAUUCAAUUUUUCACAAAUUAUAUUUCUAAAGAAAUACAGCAAACAUAAAUUUGCAACAGAUAAUUUGAAGCUCCAAUUUUUAGAUGACUCCAAGUCAGUCUGCCUAUUAAUAGUUCUUUGAUGCCAUCACCAAAAGUCCGCACGCAUCCCCCAAUGUCAAGCCCCUGCCUUUGGCUUUACAGACACUUAUUACCAUUGGGUGGUGCUGCAGGUCAAAUUUCUUUUAAGUUCCCCCAUUUAGAAGCAAAGUCACUGGUUAAUGUAACAAACCUCCCACACUCUCUGAUUCUUUAUGUACAUGCUGAUACCACAUUCUUGGAGGUUGAGUUUAUUUUUACAAUUUAUUUCUACAUACCAUUUGUUUAAGUCAAGGCCAUGCACAAAAAUUGCUUUCCAUUUUGCUUUUUUUUUUUUUUUCCACUUGAAAUUCAGUGCUGAUCAUCAAAAACUAUCAUGCUUGAUAUGGUGCAAAAGUUAAAAUGAGUAUCACUAAAAAUGCCUUCUCUUUAUGUGGUGCAAUAUGAAAUAUACCGAGACUGUGUCUUGACGUUCUGUGAUCUACGAUGGACCCAGGUAAAGUCAUUAAAAGAUCGAAUACAACUUUAUUAAAAUAAUUUAGACACUUGUGUACCAGCAACAAAUUGACUUAAUAGACCUAUCCUGUCUUUACUCUCCCUUAGAAUAAACGUUUACCAUUUUCCUGAUAUUAAGAUGCAGUCACAUAAUCUUUUGUGCAUAUUCCUAUAUAAAUUAUUUCUAAUUUUAAUAAGAAGGACAUGACUGUAUGGAAUAUUUGUACAUACUUGUCAUUAUGCAGUAUUUAUUUAAAAUUGGUGUAUUUUUUUUUUAUUUUCACACGUCUGCACCUCAACUUGUGGUUUAGUCAUGUAAAUAGCACUAUUCCAGUGACCACUGCUGCCCUGUAUAUAGUAUGUUUUAAAAGUAAAGGGAAUUCCAGUUGGGAAAAAAAAGAGGGGCAGAUUAGUCCUGUAAUGAACACCAACAAUGUAAAUCAAAUUCAUUCUGGUGAUGGUAUUUAACACUUUAAAUAAAACAUUUUCUUUACAGACGUGGUAUGCCUGACUUUCUCUGACUUCUCUUUGCCCCACGUGUCCCUAAGCUCAUUACCUGAACUCACACAUCACAUAAAGACAGCAAAUUCAUU